GCCUCCCGUCCUCGCCCGCGAAGGCGCGCGGCGGGUGGGGAGGGGCCCGCGGGGAUCCCCCGCCGCCGCCUCGGUGGGGGGAUCCGAGCCCACUUCUGGAAGCAGCGCAGUCGGGUCCGCUGCUGCCGGAGCGCCGCUUCCCGUUUUUCUCCCAUUCUCACGACAGCAUUCUCCCCCUUUUAUCAGAAAUGUUGUGCCAAAAGUUUUAAAGAUAUCAUUGUAACUGACUUUCACGAUGACAUCUGUUCAAGUUUGAAAGCUUGGAGGAAAAAUGGUGCCGCGGCCGGUGUUCUCCGGGUUGUCCUCUCACCCGGACUCUCGUGCUUCCACCCCGUGAAGACGCAGCGACUUCAAAUGUUUAGAAAUGGCAGACGGUGCAGUUUAGGGAAAGGCGUAGCGGAUUGCACUUGGCUUUGUGGUAGCCCACCGGAACCUCUACAGCCCGUUUUCAUUUGGAUUUAAGAACCUUAUUUGGGUAUCCCCGGCAUUUCUAUAGAUGCUCAUUUUUGCUUUCGUUUCUGAAGAUAUAAAGAAAGAGGUCAAGCAGUCUAAGAAUUUGGAGGAAAAUGGUAUGUCCAGGAAAUAUGACAUAGAUUUAAAAGGAAUUGUAUUUGUCAUCCAGAGUCAAAGUAAUUCUUUUCAUGCAGAGAGAGCAGAACAGUUAAAACAAAGCAUCUUAAAGCAAGCUGCAAAUCUUACGCAGGAACUCCCCAGAGUCGUCCUCCUUCACCAGCUGUCUGAGCAGGAAGGUGCAUGGACCAUACUCCCACUGCUGCCGCACUUUUCUGUAACUUAUGGCAGAAAUGCAUCAUGGAUUUUCUUCUGUGAAGAAGAGACGAGAAUUCGAAUUCCAGAACUCUUAGAAACACUCCGGAGAUACGUCCCAUCAAAGGAAUGGUUUUUAGGAAAAGCAUUACAUGAUGAAGAAUCUACAAUAAUUCACCAUUAUGCCUUUUCUGAAAAUCCUACCAUUUUUAAAUAUCCAGACUUUGCUGCUGGCUGGGCCCUUAGUAUUCCACUUGUAAACAAGCUUACCAAGAGAUUAAAGAGUGAAUCCCUGAAAUCUGACUUUACAAUAGAUUUAAAACAUGAGAUCGCCCUCUACAUCUGGGACAGAGGUGACGGGCCUCCCCUCACUCCAGUGCCGGAGUUCUGUACAGACAGUGUAGACGCCCACUGUGCCACCAUGUUCCAUUCUUUUCUACCACUUUGUGGAAAACCAGUGAAGAAGGAGGAUAUUUUUGUUGCAGUGAAAACAUGCAAGAAGUUUCACGGUGAUAGAAUACCCAUCGUAAAGCAGACGUGGGCAGGGCAGGCACGUCUCAUUGAAUUCUACAGUGAUCAUGCAGAAAGUUCCAUCCCUACAGUGGAUCUGGGGAUUCCUAAUACAGACAGAGGUCAUUGUGGAAAGACAUUUGCCAUUUUGGAAAGAUUUCUGAAUCACAGCCAUGACAAAAUAGCGUGGUUAGUCAUUGUGGAUGAUGAUACAUUAAUAAGCAUCUCCAGGCUCCGGCACCUGCUUAGCUGUUACAACUCCAGUGAACCUGUGUUUCUGGGGGAGCGCUAUGGCUAUGGCCUGGGCACCGGCGGCUACAGCUACGUCACGGGAGGAGGAGGAAUGGUCUUCAGCAGAGAGGCAAUCAGAAGACUUCUCGCCAGUCAGUGUCGCUGCUACAGCCACGAUGCCCCGGAUGACAUGGUCCUGGGAAUGUGCUUUAGUGGACUGGGCAUCCCUGUGACACACAGCCCCCUCUUCCAUCAGGCUCGUCCCGUGGAUUACCCGAAGGACUGCCUUUCUCACCAAGUUCCCGUCUCGUUCCACAAACACUGGAACAUCGACCCAGUAAAGGUGUAUUUCACAUGGCUGGCACCCAGCGAGGAAGACAAAGCCAGGCAGGAGGCGCAGAAAGGCUUUAAAGAAGAGUUGUGAAGCGUGGCGGACUGUGGGCCUGGUUCGGGCAGGACACGGAAGCAGAGCCGGCCUGUCCUGCUGGGUGCCAGGGGGCACUGGGAUCUUCCUGACUUCAGGUGGAAAUUAUGUACAUGGUAUUUCUUGAGGAGGGACUAUAUGGAGUCACAGGAGAAACAUUUUUUUUCUGAGGAAAAUCACCUGCUUUGGCAUUAUGCAGUUAUUGAAGUACAUCCUGGUUACCGUGUAUUUUUCAGGCUGUGAUAAAGCAGCUUUAUUACCCCCAGAGACAGUUAAGUGGUGCAGACGUCUCCUUCCUGUUUUCUCUCUUCAUUAUAGUGAAAGUUUCAUAUGGGGAUGAGACUGGACAGACAGACGUCUAUAUAAAGAUGAGGGAAAGUCUGUUGACAUGGAUAUUACGAUGAUGUGAAUUUUUUAACCAUAUUAUUGAUGAUAAAAAACUAUUUCCUGAUAACUCAGUAGGAAUAAUGCUAUCUUAAGUGUCAUUCAUAAAACAUCAUAAAAGUCUAGAUAUGAAAUCCCCUGUAGUCUGUAAUCAGGGCUGUUCAGUUUUAUCUGUUUGGGCCUCAUAAAAAGAGAGUAAGAACUCUUCUGCAAGAGCUUUCUGUUUCUUUAGAGGUCCGUCUGUGUUGUAUUUCCCUCUGAAGUCCGAUCUUUAUGGCCUGGUCCUAGCACGGGAGUGCACAGGACGCUACCAGGAAAUGGCCUUCUCAACAGUCAAAGACAAUGUCGUUGUGUCUGAGUCAAGUCGGUGGGCUCUGUGUAAGUCUCAGGAAGUGAAUUAAAUUAAUAUAUACCCGAUGUUUUACUCCCACUUUUCCUUGAAUGUUACUUAAUGAUUUUCUCUUGACUCAGAACAGACCCCCCACAGGGUACCCUGAAAUCCUUGUGGAAGGCCGGCAUGGUCACCUGGCAUUUCCCAGGGUUCUUGAAGAAUUAAAUUUGAAUGUAGUGUUUUGAAGCAGCUCUAAUUUUCAAAUCAUAUCUUUAAUGUAUAGUAAUUUAACACAUUCAUUAUUGAUUUGUAAAAAGUUCUGUUAAUGUUUUAAUCAUGUAAUUCAGUGUUCUUAAAGGUAUUUGCAUAAAAUUUGAUUUUGGUAUGUCUUAAACUAAUUUUGGUAUAGUAAAAUAUUUUCCUCAUUUUUUAAAUAAAAAUUGCUAUUCAUUA